CAACUUGAGUCAAAAUGAACAUUUCCAUAGCUCCGCCUAGCUUUUCUCCAGCCUUCAUUGGUUUUCGCACCAGUUUCCUGAGCCUGAUUGGACUGCUAAUAAUCACGGGCAACAUUAUCUCCAUUGCCGUGACGCACAGUGUGCGGGAAAUCGCGGACAGCACAAAAGUCCUGAUGACAUCACUAGCUAUCUACGAUCUCCUGGUCGGCUUGCUAACGAUGAUUUUCGUUGUGACUUCCUCGGCCUUGAACCGAUGGCCCUUUGGUGAUUUCAUGUGCCAAACAGUUACGGCCCUAUCCUUCACAGCAUUGUGCAUGUCGGGAGUUUCUCUUAUUUUUCUGAAUAUCGAGCGAUGCAUUGCUGUCACCCGACCCUAUCGUUUCCCCGUUUGGUGUUCCAGACGCCGUGUUAUUACCCUUGUUUUCGUAACAUCAUCAUUCAUCUUAACAGCAGCUUGUGUUAUACCGUUUAUCUUUGAAACUUCUUUCGUUUACAUCAAUGUCAUAGCUACUUGCUUUUACGAUAACAGUUCUGCAUUGGUUAAUAUUUUGGUCCUCGUUUUCUUGCAAAUAAUACCGAUAAUUCUGAUGUCGGCCGUUUACUACCGUCUUAUCAAAAUCAGUCGUGGGCACGAACGCCGCCAGAACAACGGCCACGAUGAUGCGAACAAUCACUAUGACAACAAAGCCCUGAAAACAUUCUUAGCUGUGACUUUAACCUUUUCCUUUUGUUUUUUGCCCGUCGUGAUCACUCGAACUGUACAGGCUUAUACCAGCGUGAAAAUCCCUGACUGGUUACUGUGCACAGUCUACUGGCUUUCCAUAUGCAACAGUGGUUUCAAUGUCUUCAUUUACUGCCUUUUCAAUCGGUCGUAUCGUCGGACGGCUAAGAAAAUGAUUGUUGGGCUACUUCCCUGCUGUAAAGGUUCAGUAGCUCCAAUGAACAUUCAACUAUGAAUGAAAACUUCUGACAGGUGGAUGUGAAAUACGAACAACGGACAAUAAUGCAAAUUCAAAGGCGUUAAAUAAAAAUCUGUUUAAAAUUGUUACAAUUGUGUUAAUGUAACACAGGAUGACUUGGAAAAGCUAGCAAUGAAAAUUAUGUUUAAAAGCUAGAGUUUUUGGUAGCUUUAAAAAAGACACAUUCUUCCAAAAAAAAAUAUAUUAAUAUUGUUACGGAAAUUGUCACUAUAGGAAAAAUCUUCAUUGAAUAAUACUGUUUUUAAUUAAGGCCAAAAAAA